AUGGUGUCCCAGGACAGAGGGCUGUCAAGAAGUGCUGGAGGAAAUUUCAACUUACCUGACGAUAAUAUCUGUUCAAAAAAUGCUAAGCGACGCAAACCACAGCUUGCCUGUGAUGGUCUACCCUUUGCAAAAUAUGGCACUACAGGCAAGGACCGCGUAGAAGAAGUUUCAAUGGGAGGAGAUCCCGAGCAGAUGGUUUCAACAGCACCGUCGUCUCACCUGCCUUCUAUUGUACGCACAAGCGGUGGCAAGCCAAUGGACGGCCCAGAGAUGGACAUGAAGCGACGAUUGCACGAUCCAUGCCAGGAUAGUGCUUCCCUUGCUGAGCCUAAGCCGAGGUCAAUGCCUGAACUUGAGCCAGAGUUGCCGGCGCGCGACUGCAAUACCUGCGGUGUCGAUGCUGGACGCCUUCUACAACUGACGGAAAGGGCGCUGUGGUGGAGUGGCAGAAGCAACCAACGUCUAAAGCGAAGCAUCAAUGCUGAACCUAGGCUAACCAUAGUGCGCCGUUGGGGUGGUCCCGUCGACUUGGAUAUCCAAAUAUAUGUAGACGGCAUUGCUCAAUGGGUCGGUGCCAAUGUCCAGUGGAGUUUCGAGAGCAAGAGAUACUUUAGCAAACUCGGCCUCGAAAUCAAGGAAUCUCGCAUCCUAGAGCUGCUGCCCUCGAAAGCGGAGGCGCAAGUCGAGACGGGACCAUUUGUCGUCAACAGUCUGUUGUCACGGGGGCCUGAUGACAUAUUUCCUGAAGUGUUCGAGAUGCUGACUAAAUCCACGGUUGACGCGACAUCUAUGCUACCUGAGCGAUGGCAUGUUCAGUGUUCGAAUAUUGUCUGUAAAGAAGACCAUAAAGCUCCUGAGAUCGCAUCGGCGAUGUCCACAUUGAUCGAGGUCCACUAUGGUUAUCUUCGCUUCGGAAGUGAGAAUUUAGUCCUGACAAAUUCGAUAGGGAAAACCCAGCAGGAGCAAGGUUGCGUAUGGAGUAUACCUAUCAUUGUUGAAGAGCCUGAAACAUGGACGCAACCAGGACCAAAGGAGUGA